AUGGAUGGCAUCAAUGAGGAGGGCCUCACCGUCACCGCAAACCUUCACCACCAGGCAGAAUACCAGACGAAGACCUCGCCGAAAACAGACAGCCCAAACGACAUUGGACACCACCAAGUUGCCAAACACCUGCUUGCGCAGUACAAGACGGUCAAAGAAGUGAUAGACUAUCUCAAGGGCGUCAGUGUCUAUCACGGAUUUAAGCCGCUGCCCGGAUUUCACUGGCUCGUGGCGGACUCCAACGGCAACGCUGUCACCAUAGAGUACAUCGACGGAGAACUGAAGGUGUACGGCAACAAAGACGUGGGCGUGCUGACGAAUGACCCCUCUUUUGAUUGGCAGCUCGGCUACGUUGACCAAUUCGCUGGGUAUAGCGUGAAGACAACUCCCGAGGCUCCAACAAAACAGAGCUGCGGGCAAUUCUCCAAAUCAAUCUCUACAGCCGGCGGUGAUGACUUUACAACUUGCAAUGCGUACACCGACGACCCAGAGACCGAACAGAAUGUGGUGGUGAACGCGCCCAAAGUCGCUUCCAACGGCAUGAGCACGCGGCUGCUCCCUGGCUCUUACACGCCGGCUGAUCGGUUCGUGCGCACCUUCCUCAUUAAGGAGAGUGUGAUGCAGAACGCCGAAGACGAUGGUUCGCUCAAGCCAACGACGCUCGACGAGGCCCUGGUUGUGGGGACGGGCCUCCUCAACAACGUGCACAUUGUCCGCGGCAGCGUCGGCCGCGAGCGGUCACUGAUACCGCCACCGUGGGAGUACACGGCGUGGGCAGCGCUCAAGGUUCCAAAGUACAAGACCAAGACCGGAGUUGUGUUCAAGCAGGAGCACGGGCCGUACUUUUACUACCGGACGUACAAUAACAUGCAGUGGAACAAAAUCGAUCUGUCGCAGCUCAAGGACUUCUUCACGACCGGUGCGGCAAAGAUUGAUCCGAUUCCCUUUCCAAACAUCGACGACUGCCGUAGCGGCGACGGAAACAAGGACCCGAAGUGGGGCUGCUUUGACGCUGGCGUCAAGGACACAACCCCCCAGUGGCAGUGCUGCAGCCCCGGUGAAACCGCCAACGGAAGCCGCACGCUGCUCUUUGCACCUGGUGGUGGCUGCCACAGAUGCUAA